CACCUGGGGAGACGAGAAACACUUCCUACUCCACCCUCCCUGUUCCAGGUGAGAGGGAAGUGUUACAGGCAAUACCAACAAAUAUUCGAUGUCAUUUUCCAAAUAAUCGGAAUCUCUUUUACGGUGGAGAAAAGGUUCUCCUGCACUGAGGACAGGCAUCCCCAAAGACGAGGAGCUCUGCAUUAUGCGGAGGAGUGACAACUAUUGGCCUGUUCCCAGUGAGGAGAAGAACGUCGAUAUGGACAACACCAAGGCCCAGAGUGACAACUCCAUACCAAUGAAAAAUCUGAAUGCUGAAGGCAGAGCAUCAUUCUGUCCUCAGUUUGGCCCAUACUUUGCUGAUGGCGAGCGGCGAGUGGACUACGUGCUUGCUUACCACAUCCAGAAACCCAACAGGUCUAGCAGCAGAAAAUCACCCAAGUUUGGAGACGACAACUUCAUUCGCCGCCUUCGACGUAGUUUGAGCAUGAGAAGCAGCCGAGCACCUUUACAGCCCAAAGAAGACCCUGAGAUUGCUGCCCAAGAGCAACAGACUGAUUACCAUGAGGAUGAAAAGCGAUUCAGACGGGAAGAGUUUGUAGAAAACCUCCUAAAGACUGGCUUGGAAGUAGAAAAGGCUGACGAGAGUAAGAUCCCUGGAAUUGGCUUUUUGAAGAUCCAUGCCCCAUGGAAUGUUCUGUGUCGGGAGGCUGAGUUCAUGAAGCUCAAAAUUCCAACAAACAAGGUUUUUGAGAUUAAACAAGGAAAUAAUAUUGUUGAAAAGGUCCGACUGUUCAUUCACAAAGUCACAUCUCCUUUGCACCCAAAAGUGGACACCAAUAAGUCACCAAGUGUGAAAUCACUCUCUCACCCUUUUUCCAGAGAGAAGGAGCACCUAUUUGAUCUAUCUGACAGAGAUCAUUUCUUUGACAGCAGGACGAGGAGUUUCAUUGUAUAUGAAGUGCUCAAAAGGACAAGAUGCACCAGGGCCAUGUACUCAAUGGGGAUCACCAGUUUGCUUGCCAAUGGCGUUUAUACAGCUGCUUAUCCUCCUCAUGAUGGGGACAUAGAGGGAGUCAAUGCAGAACCUAAUGACAGAAAGACACUAUAUGAGGAAUGGGCCAGCUACAGUGUCUUCUACAAGUACCAGCCCAUUGGACUAAUUAGGAAGUAUUUCGGGGAGAAGGUUGGACUGUACUUUGCCUGGCUCGGAGUAUACACACAGAUGUUAAUCCCUGCUGCCAUUGUUGGAGUAAUUGUAUUCCUCUACGGAUGUGCCACUAUUGAUGAUAAUGUACCAAGUAUGGAGAUUUGUGAUCCAAGGAACAACAUCACAAUGUGCCCACUUUGUGAUCGCGCUUGUAACUACUGGAAACUUGUGACAGCUUGUGGUACUGCCCGAGCAAGCCACCUCUUCGACAACCCAGCAACUGUGUUUUUCUCCAUCUUCAUGGCUCUGUGGGCUGUUCUCUUCAUGGAGCACUGGAAGAGACGACAGAUGCGACUUAACUAUGUCUGGGACCUGACAGGCUUUGGAGAGGAAGAGGAGGAGGAACAUAAGGACCACAACCGAGCCGAGUAUGAGUUGCGUGUCAUGCAAAAAGCAAUGAGACAAGAAAAUUCAACCUCUAAGGGUGAGAAGGUGAAGCUGACAUGUACAGACAGACUGCCAGCUUACUUGAAUACUGUUGCCAUGAUGGCUUUAAUGAUCACAGUGACAUUUGUCAUUGUUUUUGGAGUUGUCCUCUACCGAAUUAGCAUUAAAACAGCCUUACACAUUAGCACCUACCCUGCAGCACAGUACAAUGUCCGAGCCACCGUGAAAACCACAGCUGCCAUCAUCAACCUCAUCGUCAUCAUCAUCUUAGAUGAAAUCUAUGGCUCUAUUGCACGCUGGCUCACUGUACUAGAGGUACCAAAAACAGACAAAAGCUUUGAAGAGCGGCUUAUCUUCAAGACAUUUGUUUUGAAGUUUGUCAAUGCUUUUACGCCUAUUGUUUAUUUGGCUUUUUUUAGGGGCAGGCUUGUGGGGCGGCCAGGAAAAUACCUGUAUGUUGUAGCAUCAUACAGAAUGGAAGAGUGUGCCCACGCAGGCUGCCUAAUGGAGUUAUGCAUCCAGUUAUGUAUCACCAUGCUUGGCAAGCAGCUCAUCCAAAACAACCUAUUUGAGAUUGGCAUACCCAAGCUGAAAAAAAUGCUACGUAAGAAAAAGUCUGAGCUGGACAAAAAGCAACAAGAAGAGUUGACCAAAACCUUGCAACAACACGAGAAAGACCAUUUGCUCGGUCCUUUUGUUGGUCUCAAUCCAGAGUACAUGGAAAUGAUCAUCCAGUUUGGGAUGGUGACUCUUUUUGUGGCCUCGUUUCCUCUGGCUCCACUCUUUGCUCUUCUGAAUAACAUCAUUGAGAUACGCCUGGAUGCCAAAAAGUUUGUUACGGCGCUCCGAAGGCCGAUUGCUGUCAAAGCCAAAACCAUUGGUAUCUGGUACAAGCUGUUAAGGGGCCUGAGCAAGGUGGCAGUCAUCGUGAAUGCCUUUGUCAUCUCCUUCACAUCUGACUUCAUCCCACGGCUUGUGUACCAGUACAUGUACAGUCCUGAUGGCACCAUGCACGGCUUUGUCAAUCACUCUUUGUCUUACUUCAACGUGAGUGACUUUCAGCCAGGCACAGACCCUUUGAAGCCAAUGACCCUAGGCCAUAAGGUAGAAAUAUGCAGGUAUAAAGACUACAGAGAGCCACCCUGGUCCAGCACAUCGUAUGAUCUCUCCAAGGAGUUCUGGGCCAUUCUUGCUGUUCGCCUUGGUUUUGUUGUUGUCUUUCAGAAUGUGGUGAUGCUCAUGAGUGACUUUGUGGAUUGGCUGAUCCCAGACAUACCAAAGGACAUCAGCCUCCAGAUCCACAAGGAGAAGGUCCUCAUGGUGGAGUUAUUCAUGAAAGAAGAGCAUGGAAAGAGCCUUGCUCUCCGGGACAGUCACAACCAUAACAGUUGUACUUCCCCAUCUUCCUCAAGCCAGAGCCCACAACAACCACGCUCUCGGCCCGUGUCAAACACAAACUGUUAUUAAACUAUCAGCUGUAAGCAUCUGGAAAAAUAAGCACAAAUUACUCAAAAUACAGGGUGGGCCUUAACUAGUGCUGGGUGAUAUGGCCUAAAUUUCAAAUCACAAUAUUUCUUUCCGAAUGUCGAUAUUUGGUAUGACGCGAUAUUUAUUGAAUUAAGUUUUAUAAAUGUAUAAAACUGGACCAGACUAAAUUGAUGUACAUUAUAACGGAGGUUUAUUUAACAGUUAUAAACAUCACAAAUAAAAAAAUUAAAUUACUUUUCCCUGCAGAUAUUGAAAAUAUAAUGAUCCCAAAAUAAGAGAAGCCACUGUUGCAAGCUGACCUGAUUCUCCUCAUCCAGCUCCCUUGAAAUGAAGUCCUUGUGCAAUUGUCUCGCCAGUAUGAUCUUUGGGUGCAUCUGCAAACAGAUACUUUUCAUUCCUACUCCCCAAAGUAGUGAAGUACGUUGCACUCUGCGACUACUCCACUGGUCGGUAGUUGUAGAAAGUGUUCUACAGUCGACACUCUUCCCGUUACUUUCUCCCUGGCAUUACUGUAAAGUUCAAGCAAUGCUUCCUCUGUGAAAUAUUUCCUGCUAAGCAACUGGUAUACGGGAUAAAAAAAUUUCAUCAAGUUUUUGAAUUAAUCUGUUUCCACUGUAUAAAUAGGACUCAUGUCCUUGGCUACAGUAUAAAGAAUGAGAUUGUUGACGUUACCUUCGUCCAUUUGGUGUUUGACCUCUCAUAACGAGAGGAGCUGAACAUAGAUUCUGUUAAUUUUAUUUUUAAAACAUUUUUUGGAGGUUACAGGAGCGGCACAGUGAGUCGCAGCUCUUUUUAAUAUGAUAAAAGCACUUGAUAACGUGCUUCAUCUUCAGGUGAUUUUGCACGGAUAUGCCUGUUUUCGUUCCAAAUGAUAGACAUAACAUGCCCUUUUUUGGGUUUAUUUCUGACUCGCUAGUCGCUAGCCGCUAACAUCUCCAUGUUGUCUCUGCGCAAUAAGAGAUUCCGCAGAGGUCUCGCGGAGCAACAAAAUCUCACGGAGUAGCGAAAAGUGUAGAAAAUAAAGCUAAUGAUCCCCUUUUUCCAUAUCAAGCAAUAAUAAAAUACACUGCGUAACAAAAUGUUGACAUUCGUCUGUCUUUGGUCAGUGAAUGUUAUUUCUUAUUUGCUUUCAUCUAGAAAACAAACAAAAACAAAUAAUUAUUCCCUUUAAACUUUGUUUUUUCUGAACUGAACUUUUUCUGAACUUUCCCUUGCAUUCCGACAGAUUCCGCACAAACUUGGUAAAGGAAAAAUUCAAAGAGCUUUCUAGAAAUUUCAAGAACCUUAGAAACAGUCCUAAACGUUCCAUGAACUUCUAGAACAUUCUGGCAACGUAGAUGGCAGCAUAAAUGCAGGGAACGUCCACUCACCAGAUCAGUUUACUUCUAGCCGUCACAGUACAGAAAAGUCGAUCGUCACUCGUCAUUGCUAUCUGCAUUCGUCCCGCAUGGCAUCAAGAAGUUGUAAGCAUCUGGCAGACGCAUUUUUUUACAUCUGUGUCGAAUUUAUCAAGACUAGAGCUAUAAAGUACUCUGUAGAAAGAUCUCAGAAAAUGCGUGGGGCCUACAAUGCAUAUUUUGGCAUGUCUGUCGGGGAUCUCCAAGGCGCCUUUACCAAGUUUCCUUGUUAUCUUUUGCCUUUGGGACAGCAGGGACACCGUGGCACACUACCACAAGCGGAACUGGCCACAGCAGACCGAGUUUAGUGUGGGGAAGCACAAUGUCAAAUGGGAGCCAUUGUUGGAGCCCAGAAAAGUACUGUUUCCUCCACUUCACUUAAAACGGCUUUAUGAAACAAUUGGUCAGAGCUCGAGAUAAGUAGUCCGCAGCUUUCAAGUAUCUUCAAGAUUUCUUCCCUAAACUGUCUGCAGCAAAAGUUGAAGCCGGUGUCUUUAUCGGUCCACAAAUGAAAAAGAUCAUGGAGUGCAAGGAGUUUCCCAAGAUACUCACAAAGGCGAAGAAAACAGCGUGGGACAGCUUUGUCGCACUGGUUCUUGGCUUCUUGGGGAAUCACAAAGCCGAAAACUAUAUGGAGCUUGUUGAGAGCCUGGUGACAAACUACGGAAAGAUAGGUUGCAUGAUGUCCCUCAAAGUCCAUAUCCUUGACGCUCAGCUUGAUAAAUUUAAAACAUGGGCGCGAACUCCGAGGAGCAAGGCGAGCGCUUCCACCUGGAUAUAUUGGACUUUGAACGUCGCAACCAAGAGUCGUAUAAUGAAAACAUGAUGGGAGACUAUAUUUGGGGGCUGAUUCGUGAAAGUAAUCUACAGUAUAAGCGUAAAUCCCGGAAAACUUCUCAUUUCUAAUGUUUCUAUUGUCUCACGUGUAAUCCUUAAAUAAAUAAAUGCUACAAUUGCAUCAUGUUGUUUUGUAUCUACUUUGUGCAAAUCAGAGUUCCAAUUUGCCACUUUGUCCCAAUGAGAAUAGGUACAUUUCAUCAAAAUCAUUAUCCCGGACACAAAAGCAAAGUUAGAAAUUAAUAUGAGUAAUUUUUCAUGUUUUCUAGACAUAAACAAAUAGAAAAUAACAGUUCCUACCCAAGGAGAAAAAUUGUGUUACAUUGUGGUAUUGAUCGAAUCGAGCUUAACAAUAUAUUACCCAGCACUAGCCUUAACUUUUUAUACAUAGAAAAAAACAAAUUUUAAUGAAAAACUUUUUGGGUGUCUGAAACAUUAAAAAAAAACAAGAAAAUCUAUGCAUGUAAACUUAUGGCCCACCUGCGCUAUAAAACUGCAAACAAGUCUGCUUUCAACCACAAUAGAUAUUAAAUGUUAUGCUAUUUGAUGAAAGCAGCUUGGUGGUUCUGUAUUUUGGGUUUUUCAGAUUUUUUUUGUAGGAAUUAUUUAAAUCGAAAGCUUAAUGUAAUCACAGUAUGAUUUAUCCUUUUAGUUUUUUUCCAAUGUGAUUACAAUGUUAAGAUGUCAUGUUUUUCUUGAAUAUGAUUUUGUCUCAGUAAUGAAUCAUUAUAUUGUCUGGUGUAAUAUAUUAAUUUGUCAUGAGGAUUGUAUAGUAAGGCAGCAUGUUGGACUACUGGUGAGCAUGUCUGCCUCACAGUUCUGAGGUUAAGUGUUUGAAUCUCAGCUCAGGCCAUCUUUGUGUAGUUUCCAUGUUCUUCCUGUGCUGGUAUGAGUUGUCACUUGGUACUCUGGUUUCGUCCUAUAUUUCAAAAACCUGGAUUGUUAUGUUAACUGAAGACUCUAAAUUGUCGAUAGGUGUGAGAGUGGUAAUGGUGGUUUGUCUAUAUUUGCUCCGCUAUUCACAGGUGUGUGUGUGUGUGUGUGUGUGUGCGAUUGGCUGGCGACCAGUUCAGGGUGUACCCCGCCUCUCGCCCGGAGAUAGCUGGGAUAGGCUCCAGCACGCCCGCGACCCUAGUGAGGAUAUGCGGAAUGGAAGAUGAAUGAAUGAAUUAAUCCAUCCAUCCAUUUCCUGUACCACUUAUGAUUACUGAUUACCUUCAGUCCUGUUCAAUGAAGAAAUCACAAACAGUUUGUCCUGACAAAAUCAAGUCAGACAAAAGAUCUUACAAAGCUACAACAAAAUGACACGAUGCAAAGAAAUGUCAUAACAGUUGACAAAUAAAGUAAUUGACAUCUAUCAGUCUGGAAAAAGCCAUUACUAAAGCUUUAGGAUUCAAGCGAACCAUAGGGAGAGCCAUUAUCCUCACAUGGAGAAAACAUGGAACAGUGGUGAUCCUUCCCAGGAGUGGCCGGCCGACAAAAAUUACCUCGAGAACAGUAAUGACUCCUCCAGGAGGCUACAAAGGAACUCAGGACCACUUCUAAAGAACUGCAGGUCUCCCUUACCCCAGUUCAAGUCAGUGUUCAUGACACAACAAUAAGGAAGAGGAUGCAGCAGGAUAACCAUCCAAAACACCCCAGCAAGUCAACUUCUAAAUGGCUUUUUAAAAAAUGAAGGUUUUGGAUUGGGCUAGUCCAAGUUCAGACUAGAAUCCGAAUAAAAUGCUGUGGCAUGACCUUAAAAAGGCUGUUCAUGCUAAAAAACUUCCAUUUUCACUGAAUGCAAACAAUUCUGCAAGGAAGAGUGGGCCAAAACAUUGACUUUGAAUAGGGUUUUUUUUUUCCUAAUAGACGAAAUCAUUUAAAAACAGCAUUUUAAGUUCACUUGGGUUAUAUUUGACUGACAAAUACUUUUUCACAGCACUAUAG